AUGACUGCACUAACCGCGCUGUUAUUGUCAGUAGUUUUUAUAAGUUCCUCAAUAACUUUGAUACAAUGUUCAUCUUCGAACGACGAGGAGAAUCACACGAUCAAACUCCACGACGCUGUCGACUUGAAGAUACCUAAAAAUAGCACGGAAAAACUUAUUUCUCUUGAAAUUAACAUGAACAAAAAUGAAGAGACAGGUCGAGGGAAAAAUAAGAAAUUGAUGCAGAGGAUUCUGCCUAUGUUCAUAUUACCAUUUGUCAUGCAGUCAGCGAUAGUCCCACUGUUCCUGGGGCUUCUGAAAUUCAUGUUAUUUAAAUCCCUGAUGAUUGGAAAACUGGCUUUAGUACUCAUCAUUAUAAAUGCGUUCAAAAAUAGCAAUUCAUUUAAAGGCAGACAGGACGAAGCCAUAGCCAAUGUACAUUACGGUUUCCACGGAAAUGGCAAUGAAGAAUACGGUUCAUAUUUCAAUCGGAAAUGA